CCGGGUCACAGCCUUGUUCAAUUGACAGAGCUCAUGCUGUCAUGGAGCCGAACACUUUUAAACGUGAUAAGGCCGUGUAAAACCACUGGAGCCAGCAUUUCGGAACAGUCCGAAGGCAGCUGCUUUUAUGCCUCACGAAACAUCAGCCGCAGAGCCCUUCCAUCCCGCCGACGUCGACGAGGCCAGGUAUAUCUUUCAAUUCAUUUCAGCGGUAUCCUGAUCUACUUUGCCUCUUAACAGAUUUUCCCUUGGGUUACAGGGCGGUUUAAUUCGAUUUUCUCAUCCUAUGAAGUUCUAACGGCGUGGGGACUGCGCCACACCUUACUUUUCCAAGACACUCUCUCACCGUUCACCGUGACGUAUGGCAACCAAUCAUGUAAACAUGUCGAACACCCUCGGCGGCGGAGAUUCCUCUUGGGAGGAGCUGAUAGCUUGGGACGAGGAGUUGUAUGACCCUCUAUUCCAAGGCGAUACCAGCUUUACCGGCAGAUCCGAAUGCCUCCACAACUUCUCGUCUGAGUAUCACGUCUCAGAGAGUGUCACAUCUGACCAGCCCUGGGCGCCUUCUGCGCCCACAUCUGUGGCGGAUGGGCCUUCCUCGUUUGACUAUACCUUAUCGGCGCCUCCUUCUGUUGUUGAUGGUCCUUCCUCAAUCGGUCAGACCUUCUCCUGGCUGAGUGCCUCUCCAUCCUUCUCGACGACUGCCACCUCUCCACUAAUUGGCAAGGAUGAAAGAGAGUAUGCUAGUGCCAUCAGCUUCUGCCACGGUCUCUCUUCUCCUGUUAAUGCUAGCAAUGAGCUUCCAUUGGCUCGCACUGAGCACUCUCUUCCUCCUGAGAGCUUCAAUUCAUCCAAUUCCUUUCAGACGGCCUCAACACAUAUCUUCAAUCCCUUUCUCGCGACCUCUCCGCAAGCCUUUAGUUCCCUUGACGUUGCUGCAUCACAAGCAUUUGCCAGUGUGGGGGGAUGGGUUGACCAACCUCAGAUCGUGGAGCCAAGCCCUGAGCUUGAGCAUGAAGGCGCAAUUCCGAUCCCCCAACCCGGUUCACUGGUCUACAGCAACACAUUCCCGUCCAUUCAAUGGUCUCAGGAAAUACCACAAGAGCGCAGCCGACCCCGCGCCAUCACUAUACCUCAGUCUAACCAUCAAGCCAUUGGCUACAAUCAGAGUCUCCAUCCCUCUCAACGGGCCUUGGAAAUCCCUCCGAUCCUGUCAAUCUCGCCUGAUGCUAGGCCGCGCCCCCGAAGCAAUACUUCAUCGAAACGAGUCUCUACGAGUGAGCCUCGAAGAGGUCAAAACAGCUUGACCACUCCGUCGCCUACCCUGGGUUGGGUUUCGUACCAGCCUAAUCUACAGACGAACCGGUUAGUUCCAUCAGGGGCAGACGGCAAUAGAGGCCGAAGGCAGCGAGGACGUACGAAGGCAUUGACCCUCGAGCAGCGGAGGAAUGCCGCUUUGAUGAGAGUCGUAGGAGCAUGCUCGAAUUGCAAGAAGAGGAAGGAGAAGUGCGACCUAGGCAUUCCUUGCAAGUCCUGCCUGGAGCAUUUUAAGGGCGACCUGAUUCACUACCCAUGCCGCGACCGUCUCCUCUCUGACCUCUCUAGCUCUUUUCUCUCUGAGCGAUUGGGUUGGCAUCCAACUUCCCGUGCUCUCGAAUCAUUCAUGGAACCUAGUAGCUUUAACAUGACUACCGGUUUGGCGUAUACUAUUCCCCUGAACCUUGGUUUCGGGCCGCUCCUUUUUCUCCCAACCCACGCCAUCGAGGUUUAUGAUUCUAAUGCGCUGUAUCAUAAACAUGUCAUCUACUCUUGGCUACCAGGGUCUUCAACGGGAGAUAUACAUACCCAUGUCGUUCUACCCGCCGCCCUGACACCGGAGGCUCUCGAUACUCUUUCAGACACCCUUGAUACUCACCUUUCGCUUCUAGUCACGCAGCACUUUCGCUCUUUUCCUUUGUACGCUUCACCGCUUCGUAUCCUCCGAGAAGUUUAUAUCUUCUAUCGCAGUCUACCAACCAAUACCCCACAUUCCCGUCUUCUUCAUCAAUCUCUCAAGCUCCUUGUUCUGGUCCACAUCGGCGGUGACCUGACUUUACCAACUCCAUCCUCGGAUCCGAUAUUGGCACAACUCGUCCGUACAUCCAUGGCGCUGGAUCUUGACGAAGAGGAAAUUACGCCUACACCCUGCUUCAUUCGUUCGCAGCUUGGCUCCGUGAUGCCGACCAUCGCUCUCUCGCUGAUGAAAGAUGUGCUAUUCCGCCUUGAACAACUCUUCCUCAACCGCGAAUGCCAUGAAUGGCCCGUUGCGCUCGCUGUUCUCAUCAUCGUUCUCAUGACCAUCGAAAGUAUUCAAUACCACGCCGCCAAGCUUCCUUACCACCACAAGUACGACACUAAACCAACCUCAGGCCAGAAGGCCGAAGAAAUGGAACGAAAAGUGGAUGAGCAAGGCAUCAAAUCUCUUUUCAGCUUCUAUACCGCGUGUUUCUCAGGAUGCCACGCGCGGCUGAGGCCAGACUGGGAGGGUGAAGCUGGCCCUUCAACCGAAAAUCCCAACCCAGGGUUUAGUCCAAAUAAUCAGUCUCCAGACCUGAAAUCGGAGGACAAAUUUAUUGAGAGUGUUAGAGAGGCUGUAAAGAGGGCAAGCCAGGCUGGUUAUCUUGCCAUUAAAGCAAAUGAGGAAAGAGAGGGAGAAGAUAUGGUAUUUUUCUUUGACAGGUUGGUUGCUAGGCUUUUACUGCUUAGGACCACCUGAAUUUUGGAUUGAUUUAGUUUUGUUUGGCGGGUUUAUGUUUUUCCGUAGGGGCGUCGGGGAUUAAGUUGCCAGGCCCGAUUUGGAAUGAGUCAAUGAUGAAAACGGCCGAUUCUAUGAUGGACAAUUAGCACUUAGGCGGUUUCUGCUUCUUUUCGCUUCUUGUUGUAAAUUAGUGUCUGUAAAUUGUAUCUCUAAAGGUUUUAACAAACCACAUGCCUUUGUUUAGCUUUCUAUAAAACUAUAAUGUGGGCAAUGUACACGGUCUUCAUAUAAUCUACGCUGUGUUAACUGAACACGCUUGACAUGCUAGGACGCUUGCUGGAAAGUUGG